AUGUUUCAGUUUCGCAGUUUAUCAAAAUGUUCAAACCUUCGACGUACAGUUGCUGUUGUUGGUAUGUAUUCGAUUAUGAAAUACUCGAAAUUCUUAAUAGUUGCUUCUCAUUUCAAAAGGUGUUAUGUACCACGUGUAAAGGAUCAUCCGUCUGCGGUUGUUCAUCAUUUGACUCAUGUGCCAGAAAAUGAAAGAGAUGAGCAACUUCUUUCAGUACGCUUAGCUGCAGACAUAGGCGCGGGAACGGAAGACAGUCCGUUCAUUAUCUUUCGAGAUUCUCAUUCAAAACAUAGAACAGACUUGAAACGUUUACGUUUUGUUUGUAUGUCUGAUACACACAAUGAAAUCGCGAAAAUUACAAUACCGGAUGGAGAUGUUUUUGUGCACUGUGGCGAUGCAGUUAAACAUCGAACGUCUACUCGAGAUAUCAGAGUGUUCAACGAAUUUGUCGGAAAAUUACCUCAUAAGUACAAAUUGUUCGUUAGCGGCAAUCAUUGUACGUGUUUUGAUCCUAAACGACCGGAAGAAAGUCAACAGAUAUUGAGUCAUUUAAUAUAUCUUCAAGAUCAAUUGAUUGACAUCGAAGGUAUACGAAUUUAUGGUAGUCCAUGGCGUCCAAAGCGCGGUUGUUUUUAUCGAGCCGAAGCAUUUGGUUACGACUCAAAACGUAUACGUAGCGAUAAAUGGUCGAAAAUCCCCGAGGAUAUCGAUUUGCUUCUCACACACGGUCCGCCUUAUAGUAUUCGUGACUACAAUGAAUCGACCGGAGACGCUUUAGGUUGUCCAGCUCUACUUGAUGAGAUCGUCACACGUGUCCGACCGCGUAUUCACCUAUUCGGUCACAUGCAUUCUUGUUUUGGAGCUAGUUUAUACAAAAGUGAAGAUAAUCGGAUCUUAGAAGAUGACCGGAUCAAUCAACCAUCAAAUGACAUCUUAUUUGUUAAUCUCGCUGUUCACCAAGGAGAGACAUUGAAUCAACCUGUAAUAAUUGAUUAUCUUUAUUGA